CUUUUUCUACGACCACCUUCAUCACUUUGCCGCAACUGGAACCAUCGUUCGAGUCUUGAAGGAAUAACAUCAAUCAAUAGAAUCCCAUUCUAUCAAUCCAUUCAAUCUAUCAGCAAUCAUGUCUUACAACAAGGAAAAGGAUUUCGCCGGUGAAGGCCCAAAAACCCACAAGAUCAGAAUCACCCUCACCUCCAAGAAGGUUGAGUCCCUUGAGAAGGUCUGCCGUGAGCUCAUCGAGCGUGCCAAGGGAAAGGAUCUCCGCAUCAAGGGACCAGUCCGUCUCCCAACCCAAACCUUGAAGGUUACCACCCGUAAAACCCCUUGUGGUGAAGGUUCCAAGACCUGGGAUUGCUUCGAGAUGAGAAUCCACAAGCGUCUCAUUGAUCUUAACGCCCCUACCGAGGUUGUCAAGCAAAUCAUCAUCAACAUCGAAGCUGGUGUUGAGGUUGAGGUUACCAUCGCUGCAUAA